GAUCUCUGAUUUUAUUGGAAAAAGCUUCUCCAGUCUGGUCACACAGGCCCCUCCUUCUGAACUUCACAGCAGACCAAGACUUCCGCUUCUGACACCUCCACUCCAUGCUGCCCCUUCACAGCUCCCAGAAACACAUGAGAGUCCCUGCAGGCUCACACAAAGACCAUGAGUCCUAGAUUCCCACAGUGCUUGUCGUCAGGGGCCCAUGGGAAUGUGGACCUUAUUUCACCUUCUAGGAGGAAAACUCAGACAAAUGCAAUAUCUGCCAGGAUGGAGGAAAGCUCUUCUACUGUGAAAAUUGUCAGAGCUUCUUUCAUGGGGACUGUCACCUCCCACCUGUGGACACAAAGAGGAAUGGUUGGAAUUGUACCUUCUGCACAGUAGAAAAUUCUUCACAAAGUCUGCAGUUUUAUACGGAAUCUGAGGUCCUGGUGAAGCAGAUGGAUCCUGGGAGGAAGGUGAAAUGUGAGUUCCUGCUCUUAAAGGUCUAUCACCAUUUAGAGAGCAACAUUUUCCCAAAUAUUCCACAUGGAAAUUAUGUUACAAAGGCUUCUCAAUACCUAGGGAAACUUAGGAAGUUGGACAUAAUCAAGAAGAAACUAAUCAAGGACAAUUACUGCAAAGUGCAAGAUUUUCUGGAGGCCAUGAACAAAUUUUUUCAGGACCCCAGGCGUGAGAAAUUACACUUAAACCAGGAAGAAUUUAUGGAGAAUUUCAAAAAGGUCUUCGCUAUUUGGGAAACAAAUUAGAACAGUGCACUGGUGCAGUGCAUGCUGUUGGCACCCUGAAACAUCACACUGCUUUCUGGCACAUUUCUUAUCCCCCUGCUGCUAUGAGGUUGGCUGCUGAUGCCACCUCUCCCCAAUGUAUUGCUUUGGGCCAAAUGGAGCCAGAUUCACCUGAAUGUUAUAUCUCUGUGGCCUAGGGGGUGGUUCCCACCCCAAGGUUGAACCAACUAUGUUCAGUGACUCCAUGUCCUCCAGGGACCGAGGCUACAACUGUUGUCCAGCUAUGACCAUAUCCUUGCUUAGCUUUCUCCUCCAUGGUAUCCUGCAUCCCUUAUACUCCUCCUUCUGAGAGAAUCCUCACAAUAAAUCACGUAUUCAAGA